UCGGGGAGGCAGCGGCGGGCUGGGACCCAGGUGGGGCGGGCCGGUGCGAUGGUGGACUGGGCUCGCGCUCAGAGCUCCGGUGCCGUGGAGGAGAUUCUAGACCAGGAGAACAGGCGGAUGGCUGAUAGCCUGGCCUCCAAGGUCACCAGGCUCAAAUCGCUGGCCCUGGACAUCGAUAGGGAUACGGAGGACCAGAACCGGUACCUGGACGGCAUGGGCUCCGAUUUCAUGAGCAUGACAGGCCUGCUCACGGGGAGCGUGAAGCGCUUUUCCACGAUGGCGCGGUCUGGGCGAGACAACCAGAAGCUGCUGUGGGGCAUGGCCGGGGGCCUGAUCAUGGUCUUCUUCAUCCUCUCCUACCGAGAGCAGGGACAUGAGCCAGUGGAGCUGGCUCUGUGGGUGCCCCAGGCAACCAGGAUCUCCUGCCCGGUGUCUGGCUGCAGAGGACCUGCUACCAAAUACUGCUUUGAAGUGAUGACCGCGGCUUAG